UUGAUUGUUGAAAUUUGUUUGUUUGUUUGUUAUCAUUUUGGAUGCCCUGAUGAGUUUUUUGUUUUGUUUUAUUUUUCCAAUUUUUUUUGUUUUGUUUACGAAUUUUGAUCAAAUGGAUACGGAUUCCUGUGUUGAAAGUGAAUCAACAAUUUAUCUUAAUGAUGAAACUAAUCCAUCAAUAAUUUUGCCUAAUCAGACAACAUCGACAAUGACAAUUGAUGAUAAUCGACAUGAUGGAACAAAUGAUCAUCAUAAUGGAAUCCAAAAUGAUGAUAAUGAAGAUGAUGAUGACGAUGAUGAUGAUGAACCAAAAUUUACCUAUUCACGUAUUAGAGGUGAUGUAUCGAACAUAUUGAAAACUGAAUCCAUUACAUCAAUAGCAACACAUGAAAAAUUUUUUGUUAUAGGAACACAAUCCGGUAAAAUGUUUGUGCUGAAUAUUGAUGGUUUUAAUUGUUCGAAUACAUUGAAUAAUUUGCAUCAAUCACCAAUAAAUCAGAUAAGCAUUGAUGAACGAGCAGAUUUUCUUGCAUCAUGUUCGGAUUAUCGUGUUUGUAUACAAGAAUUGUACACAAUUGGUGAACCACAUUAUAGUACAACAUUCGAAAGGCCUGUAAAAGCAUUAGCUAUUGAUCCACAAUAUGGAACAUUAAAUUCACGUCGUUUUGUUGUUGGUGAAGCUGAUCGUUUAUUAUUUUUUGAAAAAAAUCUUCUGGGAAGAUAUCGUGCAACAUGUUUACAACAGGCACGUGGUGUUGUUCGUUUGGCCAAUUGGAAUGGAAAUUUUAUUGUUUGGGCAUCGGAUCUUUGUCUGAAAAUUUAUGAUUCACAAACAAAAACAAUUAUUACACAUUUAGAUCGUGAUAAAGAAAAUGAUUAUCGUAUUAAACUUGAUCUUUAUCAAUGUAGUUUUCAAUGGCGUAAUAAUCGUACAUUAUUAAUAUCAUGGGGUAAUUCAAUCAAAAUCUGUAACAUACGACAAAGAAAUUAUGAUUCAGAACUUUCAUUAACUCAGGCCGUUAUAUCGCAAGAACGUAUUCGUAAAUAUUAUGUUGAAUUAGUCAAUUCGUUCAACAUUGAUUCACAUCUUAUUGCAUGUGGUGUUGCACCAUUCGAACAAGAUAGAUUAUUGAUUCUUUGUACACAAAAAUCAUUUCUAUAUCCAAGUGUUGAUGAUUCAAUACCAAAUGAUUCAACAACAUUGAAUGAAAAUCAAAAAUUAGUACGAAUAAAAAUGGUUGAACCAAAAAAUGCUGAUAUUUUUACCGAUAUUUCUGAUGAUAUUCUAACACCAAAUGAAUUUUUAAAAACAGUACAAAAAACACGUGAUAUUCAAAUGAUUUAUUAUCGUGAAGAAAAUGCAUAUUUAAUUAUUUGUCCACGUGAUUUGAUAAUUGCCCGGCCUCGCGAAGAAGAUGAUUCAAUUGAUUGGCUAUUAAGUCGUAAAAAAUUUCGUCAUGCAUUUCAACGUAUGAAAAUUAAUCAACAUAAAUGUUUACGACAUACAUAUGAAAGUGUUGGACAAUUAUUUAUUAAACACCUGUUGAUUGAAUCAACAAUCGAUUCUUGUGAAGAAGCGGGUAAACUUUGUCAUGAACUUUGUCUAGAAAAUUGGAAUCUUUGGGAAAUUCAAUUGAAUUUAUUUCGACAAUAUAAUUGUCUACGUGUUUUAGCUAAAUAUUUACCGAUUGGUUUAGAUAAUCAACGUCUUCUUGCACCGCAUCUAUAUGAAAUGGUUUUGGUGGAAUUUUUAGAUCAAGAUGAUUCACAAGGUUUUUUACGUACAAUCAAAUCAUUACCACCACAUUUAUAUUCAACAAAUUCAAUGAUUAAUCAUCUAACAACAAAAUUAUCAUCACAAAUACAACAAGAUCAUAAUCUUUUAGAAUCAUUAGCUGAAAUGUAUACAUAUGAAUGUCAUUAUCAAAAAGCUUUUUUUAUAUUCUUACAAACCGGUAAUGCUAAACGUGUAUUUGAUUUAAUAUGGAAACAUAGACUUUUACAUUUGUUAGAAGAUCGUUUUGUUGAAUUAUUAGAGCUGGAUGCUGAAGAAACAUCAAGACUGUUGAUUGAAAAUCAAGAUUCAAUACCAUGUGAUAAAGUUAUUAAAAGAUUACGUAAACAUCCAAGAUUAUUAUGUGCUUAUUUGGAUCGUUUGAUACAACGUGAUCCUACUGCCUGUACACUUUAUCAUGAUUUACUAUUUGAUCUUUAUGCUAAACAUGUUCCCGAUCGUAUUGUUCCAUUUUUACGACAAUCAAAUUAUAUUCAAUUGGAAAAAGCAUUAGAAGUUUGUAAAAAACAACAACUAACCAAGGCGGUAGUAUUUAUAUUAGGUCGUAUGGGUAAUACACAUGAAGCAUUACGUAUUAUUAUCGAUAAAACUGAUGAUAUAAAUGCGGCAAUAGAUUUUUGUAAAGAACAUGGUGAUGCUGAUCUAUGGGCCGAAUUAAUGGAUAUUUCUGUUUCGAAACCAAAUUUAUUAUCCAAAUUAUUACGUGAAGUUGGUACAAAUGCUACUGAUCCAAUUUCAUUGAUCUCAAGAAUACCGGAAGGUGAAACGAUUCCGGAUUUAGUUCCAUCAUUAGUACAAAUUCUACAAGAUUAUCGUUUAAUGGUUACAUUAGAAGAUGGUUGUCGUAGAGUAUUAAAUUCUGAUUGUUAUCAACAAUUUAGUAAAAUGUAUCGGAUGCGUUCAAAAGCAGUGGUUGUUCGUGAUACGGAACGUUAUUGUUAUUCAUGUCAAAUACCGGGUGUUUCUACACAUCAUCAAACAACAAUUACCACCUAUGGUGAAUAUAUACUUUUUCAAUGUGCACAUCUUUUCCAUACAUCUUGUUUAGAUUUUUUCGAUAAUAAUGAUAAUAAUAUCAAAAUGGAAAAACAGCUAUUUCAACAACAGAAACUAUGUCCAAUUUGUAAGACGAAAAAAAAUGGAAAAAAUCAAAAUACACCAGUCAUACCAUCAUAUUCAUCAUCAUCAUCAUCAUUGACAAAUACAAUGGUUAAUAGCAGCGCUAAUAAUCAGCUCACUUAUAGUCCAUAAUUAUAAUUUUUUUUGUGAUAUUUUAUUAUUAAUAAAAAUAAAGAGUUUAUUUUUUUUUAAAAAUA